GAGAGAGAGAGAGAGAGAGAGAGAGAGAGAGAGAGAUGGGUAGGCCAGAGAUUGAUAAGCCAAACUCCAACCAAUAUUCCAUCCUCCAACAUUUCAGUCAUCCUCAUCCUCUAGAAUUCUCCAAUCUCCAACUUCAUCACCCCACUCUCAUUCUCCCUCCCUGUGCAAUCUGCAAGCAACAAACUUCUGGAUCGAUCUAUAUCUGCAAAACCUGCAACUUCAUCCUCCACAUAUCAUGCUCUCAGAAACCUCAGCUCAUCAACCACCCAGCAGACCCCAACCACCCACUCACCCUCCUUCCCUUCCCAGCAUACCCAGAUGGAACCUUCACCUGUGAUGCCUGUGGUGUUCGAGACAAUGGUUUCUGCUAUCACUGCAGAGCUUGCACCCUUGAUUUGCAUAUCAACUGUGCUUCCAUGCCCAUGUCACUCAACCACCAAGCCCAUCCCCACACACUUAGCCUCUCCAACCGCCGUCGAUCAUUGUUUCUCACUUGUGAUAUGUGUUCCAAGGAAGUCGGGGCAAACCAGUGGUCUUAUGGGUGUCUGCCCUGCGAUUUCGAUGCCCAUCUGAGUUGUGCCAGUGAUCCAAAUGCUAAGCCUAAUCGAUCCAACAUUGGAUUUGAGGCAGCAGUCCAAGGAUUUCCGCAGGGUUUCACCACCGCCGGCGGUGGCGGCGGCGGCAGCAGUAGCAUCGGUGGAGGUACUUCUUCAACUGUUGAUCAUAUCAACUAUUCAAUAGCGAUGCAAUCUCUUAAGAAUAUUCAAGAAAUGGCUUUUAAUGCUUCUGAGGGAGCUAAAUAUGGAGGAGGUGGAGGGACAUGGAGUUGGAAAAAGAAAUAAAUGAGAUGAUAUUCAUGAAAUUGUAUCAGAACUGCUUGUUUGUGUUAUUGAAAUCUCUAUAUAUGUGCUGUUUUUAAUCU